GUUGUAGGCAGGAGGAAGGGCGGAAGUGGAAUCCUGGACCACACCCAUCCAGACAGGAGAGCGAGAGCCAUGGGAGGUGUGGUGUCUGAAGCACAGGUACAUAGAGAAGAGGAUGAAAUUGUGGGUUCUCAAGUAUGACUGCUUAAAUCCUUGACUUCUUCAUUUUUGUAACUUCUACCUAUACUUUCAUCCGUGAGCCCACCAUCCUUUCCCCUGCCACUGUAGGAGAUGAUCUUAUUUAUUGUGGAAUACCUGCUGCCUAGCAAAAUACCUGACAUAGUAGGUGCUCAAUAAAUAAUUGGUGGAUCCAUGAAUGAAUGAAUUCAGUGCAAACCUGGCUUCUGAAUAAACCUGAAGAUUGUGAUAUAAUUUCUUUGACUCUCCAGCCAUCCAGUGCCCAGAAUUAUUUGCUCCAGAGUGGGGAAGCCUGGCUUGUUCUGACACCCAUAAGGAAUUCAGGGUUGGCUCCACCUGUCAUUUCUCCUGUAACAAGGGCUUUAAGCUGGAGGGACCCAAUAAUGUUGAAUGCACAGCUUCUGGAAAAUGGACAGCACCUCAACCAACCUGCGAAGCAGGCAUAGUAUCAGCUCGUACUUCAGAGGUUCGAUGCCCGGCCCUCAUCACUCCAGGGCAAGGAACAGUGUCCUGUAGGCAUCCUCUGGGAACCUUUGGUUUGAAUACCACUUGUUACUUUGGAUGCAAAGCUGGAUUCACACUCAUGGGAGACAGUGCUCUCAGAUGCAGACCUUCAGGACAAUGGACAGCAGGAACUCCGGCAUGCAGAGUGGUCAAAUGCUCAGAGCUGCAUGUUAUUGAGCCAGGCAUGAUGAACUGCUCCAACCCCUGGGGAAAUUUCAGCUAUGGAUCAACCUGUAGCUUCCAUUGUCCAGAGGGCCAGUUACUUAAUGGUUCAGCGAGAACAGCAUGCCAAGAGAACGGCCAGUGGUCAACUCCCAUGCCAGCCUGCCAAGGGCCGUUGACAAUCCAGCAAGCCCUGACUUACUUUGGGGGAGCAGUGGCUUCUACAAUAGGUUUGGUGACGUGUGGGACAUUGCUGACUCUGCUAAGAAAGCGCUUCAGACAAAAAGAUGAUGGAGAAAACCCCUUGAACCCUCAAAGCCACCUAGGAACAUAUGGAGUUUUUUCAAAUGCUGCAUUUGACCCAAGCCCUUAAGCUCAGUGAGUAGUUGAGUAUUCUGCCGAGAUAGCAGAAUAUCUGGAUCUAGAAAGAGAUUAUGUUGAUCCUCGGGGGACAGAUAUGCUGAGAGCUAGCUGGCUCGCUUGCUUUUAAAGAAAAUAUCGUUAUUUUCAUUUCUUUCGUCUCAUCUUCAGAGACCUGUCCUGCUGGUCUCUUCCCUCAACCUCCAUAGGAUCCUAUUUUUGAACAUCACGCUUCCUGCCAAACUUGACUUCUACUGUAGCAUAUGCGUGGCAGUUUUCUGGAAAUACUUGUUGAAUAAGGACAUGGAGUUUCCUGUAGAUUAGUUCUGGAUGAGAGCAGAAAGAUUGUGUCACAAGCCCAAACUCUCCACCCACCACCCCUUCCUGCUCCACCUCUUCCUUAAGCCUCAGAAGCCAGGACUGAAUGUCUGCGGUGAUCUGUGGGCUUUGCCCAGCUGUCCCUUCUUGAGGACUAAUUAACCAGAGACUGAAGCAUCUGACUUACCAGAAGACCAGACUGUGGAAAAAUAAAAAUGCUUCUUUAUUUUUGGAUUGGAGGAAGGCAUACUCUGCUUUGUUGGAAGGCAGGUGGUGUCUGUGACUUGAGGGAAUUUCUAUAAGAUCUUCUGAGGUGUCCAGUGCUUGCUGUUUAUGAAGCCUAUUAUACCCUCGCUGCAAGGCCUCCAGCGAGGCCUCUGGAUGGCACCAGAGAGUGCAGAAGACCAAGAAUCAAGAUAGGAAGGCACAUGUCACCUUCCCUCCACUGGUCACUCUCCCCAAAAGAACCUCAAGACCAAAAUUCAAAUGUGCAAUUAAAAAGAUUCUUCCCAAAUGCCAUGCUAUAUUAUUUGAUGUUUUGUUCAAUAAGAUCUGUGUACAUCAUUUUGUUUACAUCAAUGUAAUGCACAAUUACUGAUGUCCCAAUUACAACUUGACCCUUCAUUCAGUCAGCAAAUAUAUACCAUAUCACUGCCCCCCCCACAAAAUCAAAGAAGAAAAAAAUCAGAAAUCCAAGAAGCAGAAAAAAUCCUCAUCACCUGAACGCCCUAUAAGGAAGAACAGAUGUUAUUUAUUAAAUCACAUGUUUAAUAUGUAGAUUGUUGAAAGUUACAUAGUAGUUAUCUGGAACUGAUGCAAAAAAAAAAAAAA